CCCUCUGACAAAAUGAUCUGACCCGAAAACCAAGAAUGGCCGAUAACAUUAAGGUCAUCAAUGCGGGCGAGCUGCUCUCGGGCGUGAAGCUAACCUUUGCGCCAGCAUCGGCCCAAGCAGCGAACGCCAGCGCGCGGCACACGGAUGUUGGCCAUACAGGUGUGUCAGGCGCCGCGGGCCCGACCUCGCCGUCGGGUAGUCCGCUGGAGGACGUCGCGGCCUCCCUGGCGGAGCAGUACGCGGCCAGUGACUGGUUGGUGCCGCCCGGGCAGCCCAACGACUGGCGCUUCAUGCUGCCGGUGUGCCGCGCGGUGCUGUUGGGGUGGUACAACCCGGUGGAGACGCUGCCGGCCCGGUUGAGGCUAGCAGAGGCGCUGGGGCGGGCGUUCGGGCUGGACGAUGACGCGGUGGAGCAGAUGGUUGCGGAGUCGCUGCUGCUCAACAGCGCGGUGGCCACCCAGCUGGCGCUGCAGCAACUGGCGCUGGCGGGUGGCUGCUUCGCGGUGCGGGAGGCGGACUUCCCGGACGACCGGGCGGCCAGGGCGGCGUACCAGGCGUUCAGGCGAGAUGCAACGUGCGAGACUGAGCAACUGCUGCGCCAGCAACUGGGAUUGCCCGACUUCAAUGGCCUGCUGCACGUCACUGUGCUGGGCGGCGAGGGACUGAGGGCCAAGGGGCGUUCCGGCAAGGCGCUGCACCCGUACGUGUCGGUGUGGCUGGCCGACGGCAAGUCGGGGUCGCGGCGGGGCGAGAAGCAGCUGAGCGAUGUGGCGGCGGACACGGACUCGCCGGUGUGGGAGCAGACGCUGUCGCCCUGGGUGGUGUCGCAGCCCGACAUGGAGCUGGUGCUGCAGGUGCGCACCGCGACGGAACGUGGCAAGCCCUCGCGCAGUGACACGCUGCUUGGCAAGGCGGGCGUGCGGCUGGAGGGCCUGGUGCCGGGCCUCAGCCAGCGCCUCACGCUGCCCAUCUAUGGGCACAAGGGAGAAUUUAUCAACCCCCGCGGCGCAAAGGCAGGCGGAGGGACGGGGGCAGCCGCGCCUACAGGCGCCAAGAAAGGUGGUGGUGGCUUCCUGUGUGGCUGCUUUGGUGGAGGCGGCAGUGCCGCAGCAGAGGCGCAGGCGGAGGCCGAGGCCGCCCAGGCAGCUGCGGAGGCCGAGGCUGCUGCGGCCGCUGCCGCUGCUGGGGGUCGGCAAGGCAGUGUGGAGCAGCUGGAUGACGAAGCCGGUGGACGGGUGGUGUUCGACCCCGCCUCGGCUCAGGUCAGCGGCAACCAGGAGCGAGAGGAGAGGGGCCGCAUCACGCUGCUGCUGCGCUUCCUGCCCGAGCUGAGGGAGCGGCCCAGGGGCGCACUGGCGCCCUCGGGCAUGGCAGCAGCGGGGGGUGCGGGCGGCAGCUCUCGCCACGUGCGGGCACCCUCCAUAGGGCAAGCCGACCGCCUGCCAUCCAUCCCGCGGGGUUCCAUCACAACGCCUGACACAGGUCAUUCGCUGAGCCCCAUGACAUCGCCACGGCGAGCCCAGGCAUCUGAUGCGGCUACUGCUGCUGCUGCUGCAUGCAACGCCACGGCCGCUGCUGCAGCCAGUGCAGUGACGGCGGCUGCCAGCGGGGACCCGGUCGCAACUGCUGAGAAGCUGGGCAGUGCCCUGAGCGAGGUGGCGGGGCAACUGGGUCGAACGUUGAAGCAGCUGCGGUCAUCACUCCCGCCAGGGGUGAAGCUGAUAAGGAGGCUGGACAGCCGGCCUCUGGACCCGGCUGUGCUGCUGGACCCGGCCGCCGACUUCCAUGCCACCUUCAGGAAGCUGGCGGCGGCGCUGCAGGCCCUGGCGCGGCAGGGCGGCGGCGAGCUGGCCAGGGUGCCCAACCCAGGCAUCCCUCUGACUGCGCUGGGCCCGCUGGGUGCCUCGCUGGAGGACGGCGGCCUGGAGGCGCCGCUCACCGCCUUCCUCAGCGGCGGCAGCAGCGGCCUGGGCCCCCUGCCCGGGCCCUGCCUGGCACUGCUGCUGCUGUUCGCCAAGCUGCACCGGGUGCGCCCCGCCACACAGCACCUGGCGCUGCUGCUGGCGCUGCUGGGCGGCAGUGGCGGCUGGCGUCCCAGCAGCCGGGCCUACCUAGCGCUCGUCAAGCAGCUGUGGCAGGACGCGCUCAUGUGGAACCGCUCUGGCGCCCUGACGGUGUGUGAGGCCGAGGGCCUCAACGGCGUCAUGGCCAUGUUCCUGCAGCGGGCGGUGCCGCUGCUGGCAGACCACUACAACCAGCUGCAGGGGGAGCCGGGGCAGGUGGUGCCAUGCCUGGCCCUCCUCAUGGAGAUGACUGGCUGGGCGCUGACGUGGGACCCCACCCGCCCGCCCCCCUACCGCCCACUGGCUGAGCACCUGAUCCGGGCCGCGGGUGCUCGCGCCGCCGCCACCGCCGCGUCGCUGCGGCCCGCACACGAAACCCUGUCGUCUGACGUGGUGGCGGUGGCGGUGGCAGCGGAGCAGCAGGCAGCAGACCUGGAGCGAGAUCUGGCGCUGCAGGCCGCUGUGCCAGGUCUGCGGGGCCUGGCUGCGACUGCCGCGCGGCGGCGCUACGACGUGCUGAGUGACUGCCUGGAGACCCUGUUCAUGUACCGUCCGGGGAGUACGGGCGCGGCCAGUGCCGCACUGCUGCAGCUGGAGGAGCGAGUCACGGCCCUGCAUGUGCUGCUGCUCAGGCACCAGCUGGCUGCUGCGCCCAAGCAGAGCGCACCUGCCAACGCGGCGGCGCCCAGCGGCGGCAACCCAGGCUCACGCAAGGCCCUGGCGGUCCGGACUGCCGGCGGCAUGGCGGCUGCAGACGACGACGACUCUGACGUGUCGCCCAUGUCCCUCAGCCCCUCAUCAGCCACCGCCAGUGCGGCAGAGGCGGCACAGAGGGCUGCGGGCCGCAAGGUCGCAGCGACCCUGCAUGCUGGCAAGGGCAGCAAGAAGCCUGUCGGUCGGCCAGCUCGGCAACAAAUUCCGGCAGCCGGCGUGGGCAAGGCCGCUGCGGUCGCCACCAAGGCGGCAUUCGGCAAGCGCCAGGACGAGUCCGAUGAAGAGGAGGACUCAGAUGGCGAGGGUGCCGAUGAGGAGUUGCAUGCGGGUCUGCUGCUGAGUGGUGGAAUUAUGGAGCCGCUGCAACUGUUUGACCUGGAGGCGGCAAUGACCGAGGCACUGGCACAGUGGGCAGAGACGGGAGGUGAGGACCUCAAGCGCCAGCUGCUGCGCCUGCUGGAGAAGGACCCUCUGUGGCCCCCGCCAGCUGCGGCGGGGACAGCAGGGCCGGCGGCAGCGGCAGCUGGCGGCGCUGCUGGAGCGGGCGGUGUUGCAGCCACAGGCAAGAGCGUCCUUACUCCGGGUACUGCGGGCGCCGCCAAGGGCUCCAAGGCCGGUAAGGCUCUGGCGGCCAGUGGCGCGAGCAGCAGUGCACUGGAGCUGUUCCGCAUCCUUGAGGUGUAUGUGGACGUCAGCCUGGAGCGCGCGCUGGGCGGCGGCGAGCAGCGGCCCGCCCGUGCCGGCCCCGUCAUCACGUCCGCGGUGGUGGCGGUGGUGCGCAGCUACCUGCACCACGUCAUGAGCUCAUGGGAAGAGAUAUUGGCGUGUCGUGCGCUGCCAGACCCCAGCGCCGCCCCUGCCGGCCACCGCCACGCGCGCACCAUCUCCGACCGCUUCAUGAACCAACAGGCGGGUGUCCCCGCGGGCUCGCCUCUGGGCCAGCUGCUGUCGGGGCCGUCCGCCUCCGCCGCCGCCGGCUUCUCGCAGGUGCCCUCCCUCGCAAUGCCAGGCGGAGCGGGGGCGAUGGCGGGUCUGCCCCCUCCCACCCUAUUGGUGCCCCAGUUUGGGGUAUUGGGUGGUGCGGUGGGCCCAUCCGGUCAGGUUGGUUUGGGUGCACCCAAUGCCGCAGCCGGGCUUGGUCCCUCGCCCCUCAAGGGCCGUGGCGGCCACCACCGCCGCGCUGCGACAACAACCGAUAACGACCUCUUCUCAGCCGGCGUCUUCUCGACAGCUGGGCAUGCCGCUGCGGCGGCGGUGGGGACCGGCAAGCCCGGCCAAGCCGGCCAUGCGGCAACUGGGGCUGGGGCUCCGGCUGCUUCGGCAGCGCUUGCGCUGCCGCCCGCCGUGCUGUUGGCGCUGGCUGCCGAGCCGGGCCUGGUGGCGUGUGAGGCGCUGGUGACUGUGCGCAACACACUGGCGGCGGUGGCGGAGCAGGUGGAGGGGCUGCAGGAGAGCCUGGCGGUGCUGGGGCCGCGGAAAGCGCUGAUGCCGACCCAGGCUCAAAGUUUUGAGGCGGCAAGCGGCAGGCCGGCUGCGCCGCCCGCGUACCUCAGCCGCGCCCGUGUGGACCUGGACCACGCCCUGUCAGCUGCCACCCGCCACUGCAUCGCCUCCUACCGCGCCGCCAUACGCCCCGGCAUCAUGUGUGGACUCACUGCGGCGUUUGACAAAAAGGGCGGUGCCGCACCCUCCGCCAAGGCUCUGGAGUCCCUGCUGAGCAAGCUGCACGACGAGCUGGUGUGUCUGGCUGACGGACUGCGGCGGCCCAGUGUGGCGGGCGGCCUCAUGCUGGGAGCCUGGCAGGCGGCGGUGGGCUGCGUGAGUGCGCUGGCGCUGCACCAGGUGCCGGGCUGGCGGCCGCUGGCUGAGGUUGAGGCGGACCUGCUGCGGGAGUUCCUGAUCAGCCUGCAGGACCUGUUCGGAGAGGUGGUGGACGAGGUCCUGCGCCCGCGGGCCCGGCAGGAGGCGGCGGAACGGCCGGAGCGGCCGCAGCCGAUACGGGCCAGCAACAGCCGCCAGCAGCUGCAGAACGGCAGCUCGGUGCACGGCGGGGACAAGGCGGAGGGCGCAGGUGUCACCAUCAUCCCGGCUGAGCUGGCCGAUGCAGACGCCCGCGCUGCCGGCACCGCCUACACGUCCAGCCUGCUGCAGUGUGUGGCUGCGGCCACGGAGGACUUGUGUGACAUGUACAACGCGCAGGUCAGCUGCCUGCAGCAGCUGGAUGACACGGUGGACGAAGACGUUGGUCCACUCCGCCACCAGGUCACGCUGCUGGACAUCCUGCGCAUGCUGCGCCAGCGGCGCCGCUCCGACCCCGCCGCACAGACCUUUGUGACUGAGAAGCUGCGGCUGGCAGCAAGCAGUGCAGCGCAGGUGGUGUUCGGGCUGCGGGCCAGUGAGCGCCUGGUGGCCAGCACCGCCUGCAGCCUGCUGGUGCCGCCGGUAGGGGCCACGGGGGCGCCCGCAGCUGCCGCGGCCUCGCUGGCGCUUGUGUCCACUGCAGUGCCGGGCGCCACCAACAGCAGCAGCAGCAGUGCGGCCGCUGCCAGCGCAGUGGCCAGUCGCGACGGACUGCUGUAUCUGACGCCGCGGGUGCUGGGCUACAGCACACUGCUGGCGGGCGACCUGAGGGGCGGCGCAGACAUCACAUUCAAGCUGAGGCUCAAGGACGUGAAGGACGUUCUCCGAGGCGACAGCUCUGACUGCCUGGUCAUCACAACCACAGACGGUGAUGUGUACCACUUCGGCGGCUUUGCGCCCACCGAGCGCGAGCGCGUUUGGGGCUUGCUACACGGGGCGCCUGCAGUGGGCCCCAACCUCACAGCCGGCACCAGUGCGUCUCUGAGUUUAACCAGCACACCGCCCGCUCUGUCAGCUAUCAGCGCUGGCAUCCGCGCAGCUACCGGCAGCAGCCAGCCCUCGCCACGUGAUUCUGGCAACGGCACACCGGUGGGGGCAGCGGCGAGUGGCGCAGGUGCAGCACGAGCGCUGGACACGGCAACGCCAAAACAUCACGGGCUACCCAAACCGCCGCGUGCCAUGGCGCCGUCAGCAAAUGUCGGCCGCAAUGUGCGGGCAGCCCACUUGGCGGCAGAGGCAGAGGCGGCGGUUGCUGCAUCAACCGCUGCGGGUGCAGGCGCGGUGGCUCCCACCAUGUCAGCGCCCGGCACCACGGCCUUGUCCUCGCUUUUGAGUGGUACAGCCGCUAGAUCAGUGGCGGCACUAAUACCCGGAGCGGCAACCGCGCACGGCGAUGCCACCAGCAGCGCAGCAGGGGCAGCAGUGACUGGCGGCGGCGGUAGCAGGGCUGGUGCACUGGCGGGGGCGCCGGCCGCUGGUGCUAACUCGAUACAGGGGCCGGUCGAGAGCGGGGCGCUGCCUCUGCUGUCAACACCCUGCCACCUGGUGAGUGUCCUGCGCAACAAGGACGGCAUGUUGCACCUGUACGCCGGCCGCCUGGACUUCGUGUGCGCCGCCGACCCGCCGCUCAGCCGCUCACUGCCGCUAUCGGCCAUCAACAACGUCAGCCAGCGGCCAGGUGGCUGGGGUGGAGGCAGUGUGCUGGUGCUGACGGUGGAGGGCGAGAAGGCGUCGUUGGUGUUUGGCGGCAUGGGCGAUGCGCUGCUGGCCACGCUCAAGCAGAACAUAUCUGAGCUAUGCUUUGCGAAUGGGUAAAGCGCUGGUGCACAGGUAGUAAGGACAGACGAAUGGGUGCUGUGUGUGUGGUCCGAUGUGGGCGUUGAGGCGUUGACACUGACUGGUGAUGCAGGGAGUCGCAGUGAUGCAGGGAGUACAGCAAUCCCCGGUAUGCAUGUCCUGGGUACACCUUUGUUGGUAUACCAGCGUGAAGUGAUUCCCAGACCCCAGAAGAUGGCAAACAAUUUGCAACGGCAGGGCAGGAGUGCGCGGCUGGUCGAACGCCGGAGUUACUGUACCGAAAAGUUGCUGGCUGGCGGGAAGUUUGCUGAUGCGCAUUCCUCACGCUCCGGACCAGCAGCAGGUGCAGGUCCGUUGCUUUCGGCCAAACACUUCGGCAAACACUCACUCGUUUGACGUUGUGGACUCAUUGUGUAUGGGCUGAGCCCCCGCCACGUCCCCAAUCUGAGGCCGCAAGCAUCUAACUCAUCUCCCGGGACGUAGCCCGGCUUCUGCAAGGACAUGCAAGCGCGUCGUACGCACCACCUUGUACCACAUACAGCAACGUUUCUAUGGCAUU